AGCGCCAACUGGGUCAUGGUUGAACGGUAUGGAAAGAUUGUGUCCACCAAGGCUAUUCUGGACAAAACUACCAACAAGUGCAAAGGCUAUGGCUUUGUGGAUUUUGACAGUCCUGCAGCAGCACAGAAGGCUGUGACGAUGCUCAAGGCCAGCGGGGUUCAAGCUCAGAUGGCCAAGCAACAGGAACAGGACCCUACCAACCUGUACAUCUCUAACCUGCCCGUGUCCAUGGACGAGCAGGAGCUGGAGGCCAUGCUCAAGUCCUUCGGCCAGGUGAUUUCCACACGGAUCUUACGGGAUGCCAACGGAACCAGCAGAGGAGUAGGAUUUGCAAGGAUGGAAUCCACAGAGAAAUGUGAAGCCAUCAUUCAGCAUUUUAAUGGAAAGUAUAUCAAAACCCCACCUGGAGUGCCAGUACCUACAGAACCGUUGUUAUGCAAGUUUGCUGACGGAGGACAAAAGAAGCGACUGAACCAGGCAAAGUACCUACAGAACGGUCGAGCCUGGCCUAGAGAUGGUGAAACGGGAGGAAUGACGCUCACGUACGACCCAACGGCCUUACAGAACGGGUUUUAUUCUUCUCCGUACAGCAUCGCUCCAAACCGAAUGAUCGCUCAGACCUCUCUGUCUCCAUACAUGCCCUCACAAGUACCAUCCUACCAGGUGCACAGCCCGUCCUGGAUGCAUCAUCAGUCGUACCUCAUGCAACCCACCGGGGCCGUUCUGACUCCAGCUAUGGAUCACACGAUGUCCAUUCAGCCCACGUCUAUGAUCGGACCCCUGACCCAGCAGCUCAGUCACCUGUCGCUCGGCAGCGCUGGCACGUAUAUACCUAACGCAGCUAUGCAAGGAGCGUAUAUGCCUCAGUACACCCCAGUGCCUCCCUCUACUGUUACAUUAGAGGAAAACAGUGGACAGCAGCAGGUUUCCAUGGAGACGCCUUCAGAGCACACUAAUUAUUCCUAUCAACACAGCAAAUGAAGCUACGUUUCAUUCCAGAGAAGCCCUGUGACCGCCCGCCCAGUGCAUUAACCAAAUGCUGCUUGAAUUGCGCAAAACCUCACCAUUCCAGAAUGCAUUCAGAGCAUCUGUCACAUUUCCUCGAUCAAAUUAAGCCAAGAAAAGUUCACCCCAAAAUUAUAAUUUGCUUAAAAGGUACUCACCCUUA